CAUGGGCUCGGAGAUGGAACCGCUGCUCCUGGCCUGGAGCUAUUUUAGGCGCAGGAAGUUCCAGCUCUGCGCCGAUCUAUGCACGCAGAUGCUGGAGAAGUCCCCUUAUGACCAGGCAGCUUGGAUUUUAAAGGCACGAGCACUCACUGAAAUGGUAUACGUUGAUGAAAUUGACGUAGAUCGGGAAGGAAUUGCAGAAAUGAUACUGGAUGAGAAUGCCAUUGCUCAAGUUCCACGCCCUGGAACAUCUUUGAAACUCCCUGGAACGAAUCAGACAGGAGUACCUAGUCCAGCCGUCAGGCCAAUCACUCAAGCUGGAAGACCCAUCACAGGUUUCCUCAGACCCAGCACGCAAAGUGGAAGGCCAGGCACCAUGGAGCAGGCCAUCAGAACACCCAGGGCCGCCUACACAGCUCGCCCUGUGACCAGCUCGUCCGGGAGAUUCGUCAGGCUGGGAACGGCUUCCAUGCUUACAAGUCCUGAUGGACCUUUUAUAAAUUUAUCUAGACUCAAUUUAAUGAAAUAUGCCCAGAAACCUAAAUUGGCAAAGGCUUUGUUUGAGUAUAUCUUUCAUCAUGAAAAUGAUGUUAAGACUGCUUUGGAGCUGGCUGCCCUUUGCACAGAGCACUCUCAGUAUAAGGACUGGUGGUGGAAAGUGCAGGUUGGAAAAUGUCACUACAGGUUAGGAAUGUAUCGUGAAGCAGAAAAACAGUUUAAAUCAGCCCUGAAACAGCAGGAAAUGAUAGAUACGUUUCUCUACUUGGCAAAAGUUUACAUCUCAUUGGAUCAACCUGUGACUGCUUUAAACCUUUUCAAACAAGGCUUAGAUAAAUUUCCGGGAGAAGUAACCCUACUUUGUGGAGUUGCCAGGAUCCAUGAGGAAAUGAACGAUAUCUCAUCAGCUGCUGAAUACUACAAAGAAGUUUUGAAACAGGACAAUACUCACAUGGAAGCCAUCGCAUGCAUCGGAAGCAACCACUUUUAUUCUGAUCAACCGGAAAUAGCUCUCCGGUUUUACAGGCGACUCCUGCAGAUGGGGGUUUAUAACUGCCAGCUUUUUAACAAUCUGGGGCUCUGUUGCUUCUAUGCCCAGCAGUACGAUAUGACUCUGACCUCAUUUGAACGUGCCCUUUCUCUGGCUGAAAAUGAAGAGGAGGCAGCUGAUGUCUGGUACAACUUGGGACAUGUCGCUGUGGGAAUAGGAGAUACGAGUUUGGCCCAUCAGUGCUUCAGGCUGGCUCUGGUCAACAACAAUAACCACGCUGAGGCCUAUAACAACCUGGCGGUGCUGGAGAUGCGGAAGGGCCAUGUGGAGCAGGCAAGAGCUCUGUUACAGACUGCGUCAUCGUUAGCACCCCAUAUGUAUGAGCCACAUUUUAAUUUAGCAACAAUCUCUGAUAAGAUUGGAGAUCUACAGAGAAGCUAUGUUGCUGCUCGUAAGUCUGAAGAAGCAUUUCCAGAUCACGUGGAUACACAACAUUUAAUUAAGCAAUUGAAGCACCACUUUGCUAUGCUCUGAUUGUUCCUCAGACCAAAUAUAUAUAUUUUUAGGAUGGGGCAUUAUAUGAGAGAGGACCCCUCCCCCCAAAAUAAGGCAUUAUCUUCUAGGGGGCGGGUCCCUUGUAGUACAGGCUUCUCCCACCAGGUGAGUGUUCCAGGAACUCACCUGUAUCAGUGUAUCUGCUGAUGUGAGAGGCUGCGUUUGGCUUCAGUGAGUUUUGUUCCAAGAGUCUUUCAGUGCAUUUGCUCAUUUCAUGAUGGGGAAUUUAGGAGCGCACCUGCCCACACUGCGCUGAGUGUUCAGCAGUUUUUGACCAAAAACGGCAUUGACCCCUGGGUUCCACCCUUACUGUUCACCUGAUCUCACUUUGAGUGACCUUUUUUUCUGUUUCCCUGGAGGAAAAUAGUCCUCAGAGGCAAACAUUUUGCCUAUGUGGAAGAGGUGAAACAAAAACCAGCAGAAGCACUAAAAUGCAUCGAAAUCAACGUGUUCAAAAACUGUUUUGAGCAGGGAAAAAAAUGCCUCGAUAGGUGUAUUGGAUCAAAUGUAGAGCACUUUGAAGGUGACUGAAGUUUAAAAAUGUAAGAAUAAAUACACAAUUUUUAAUAAGUAAAUUCUGAUUUUGGGGGGUCCCCCCUUAUAUAAUUGUAUAAGGGAAAAAAUAGUGUAUGUGUAAACAUAUAUGUAUGUAAUACAAACUUGUGCUUGAUAUUAGUGAAGAUGACAUGAGGGAGUUUAAAUAAGGAUAUAAAUUAAAACUUUUAUAAUAACUUUAUAAUAUUAUAAAAGACAGGAUUUCUGCAUUUGUAAGUAGAUCAUGAAGGGUCUUCCCACAUUAUAUGGUAGAUGUUUGUUUAUAAUGUUUAUAAAACAUUUUUAUGAAUUUCUUCACAUUUUUAUACAUACAUAUUUUUAAUGUUCUUAAGCUUGCCCUUAACUAUCAUGUAGCUUAAGAGACCUG